AUGCAGCGCUUUGCCGCCGAGUCGGACCUGUCAGCCGAACUCAGCCACCAGUGUCUACAGCGCAUAUUCACCGGCUGCGUCCAGUACCAAACGAGUGUUCUCCGUGGUUCGCAGGAGGGCAAGAUGUCGACAUCCUGCUUCCGCCUGGCUUUGGUUGUCAUUGCGCAGAGGGUGCACAGCUGUCCGGCCGUGACGCCUUUGAUGCGUGUCCUGCCCCCGGCCAAUAUGACAGGCAUCUGCCGCGGAGCGUCGGAUCUUGGAGUGGCUGCAAGACAGGCAGGGAUGAAGACAAGAGCUUGCUAUGCCUGCAACCCUGAAAGGUGA